AUGCCUCCUAAGAAGCCGGCCAAGGCAGCUCCUAAGGAGGUUCUGGAUCCACUGGUGCUACCCAAGCAUGCGGAGUCAUCUCCUCAGGCUAAUGCACCGGUUGAGGAUGCGCUUUUGACUCCUCAUCAACCUUCUACGGAACGACCUCUGUCGCUGGAUGCUGACCCGAUCCAGCCAUCCUUGCAUGAUCGGCUGUCAGCGCUCAAGGUUAACGGGCUCAAGGAUGAGGCUGGGAAGUCGACAGCUGAUAACGCUGCAGCGGUACACUCCCCGUUACCGGUCUCCUCUCCGUCGCAGCAGGAUGUGGACCCUGAUGCUGACCCUGCGACAGAAGAGGAAGAGGAUGGUUAUCUCAGCGACGAUCCUGACGAGGAAGCAGAUCCUGAGUCGUUGAGCAUUGUGGCUGCUAAGCUUAAGUUCACGCUAACACUUCUGAUUCCUUUCAGGCAUGAAGCAGAAGUGCCUAGGACAGCAGACUCUGUUGCUGCUCACCUUGAUGACUGGAAGGAGGUUCUCUCGGCGGAAGCAUUAACUACCACGAAGUAUCAGAAACUCACGCCGGCUUACCUGUCCAAGACGCGUUAUGGUCGCUUGCAAGUGGUUUUCACUUCGGAGGACGAUGCAUACUUUGUCAAGCAGCGGAAGAUCGAGCAUGUCACGCUGAAGGGAGAAGUUCUGGAGCUGAGGUGGCAGUUCCCGGAAGAUUCCACGUACAUCCAUCUGCGCGCGCUGCAUCCGGAGGCGAUUGAAGUUGUUCUGAAAAGUGUACCGGCUGAGGUGACUUCGGACAUCAUCGCGAGCCUGCUGGCGGAGGUGAAGCUGAUUAAGAGGGGGAAGACUGCAUACAAGGAGGCCUUAGGUUUUCACCGCGUCCAGGAUCCAGUGACAGGCCUGGAUACGGACAAGGAUGCGUGCGACAAGGCGCACGGCUCCAGUUUCGAACUUGCUGCUGCUCAUGCUGCGUCCAUCCGUCACAAGACGAACCGCAACAAGGCAGGUGCUGCUACCCGCGCGAGCAAAGGCGCGCUUGCUGCUGCUGCGUUGAAGAAGGAGUUUUUCAAGUGA